AUGCUAGAGCACUGUGCAGCAUUUUUAUGUUCUAAUCGGCGGAGCAUCGCAAAUAGGGCUCGGGGGAUUGCUUUUCACAAGUUUCCCAAGGACAAAGAUGUAAGGAAGAAGUGGGAAGUGGCUUUGAGGAGAGAAGGAUUUCAUGCAAGUGAUACAACAGUACUUUGCUCUCAUCAUUUUAAGAAUUAUGAUUUUGAUAGGACGGGUCAGAUUGUCAGACUCCAAGAUGGUGUUAUUCCUGCUUCUCCUACCGCUCUUAAGACCAGACUCACUGAAGCCUUGGCAAGAGUGGAACAUCUAGAGCGAGAGAAGAAGAAUUCCAUGGCCAGAGAAAAGAGGGCAAAAACCACAGUGAAGAGUCUUUUGGGGGAUUUGAGGGAAAAGAAUCUCAUUAAUGAAGAGCUCAAAGAGAAGCUUGAAUUCUACUCUGAUCUUCAGUUAGACCUCAUGGCAAAGCAAGGCCACGAAUACACAAAGGACUACAGAGAGUUUGCGCUCACGCAGCAUCUACAUGGUCCAAAGGCAUACAAAUACCUCAGAGAGACUCGACAUUUUCCCCUCCCACAUCCACAUACAAUACAAAGCCUAAUUAAAAAAAAAAGAGAAUGCAAGUAUCCAGGGUCAGGAGAGGGAGUGAGUGGGAAGCCCACUGCUGCUACUUGGCCCUGGUUUGUCCAAAUGGAUGAAGUUUUAGGACAAAGGCCUUCAAUUUGCCCCCCUGUCCUUAUUGCAUCCAUCCCUAUGGACACUCCAGGGCCAAGUGCAGCAGUGAGUGACCAAGAGGAGAGAGAGGAAGAAGAGAGGGAAGGAGAUAGGCAGCCAGCAGCGAAGAAGAGGAGAAGGGACAGUGACCAGGAGCUGUUAGACCUCAUCAGGGAGGACAUGAGGCAGCAGAGAGAGGCUGAAGAGAGGAGGGCACAGGAGAGCAGGGAGAGGAUGGACAGGCUCUUCUCCAUUCUGGAGCGUUUGGUCCCCAAAUAA